ACAAAAGCUGGGGCGAGGCGAGUGAGUGGGUGAUAGAGAAAUAAAGAUCAGCUCACGGCUAAAUCGCCCACUUACAGGACGGACAGGGAUGGCGAGUGAGUUGUGCGCGAGAUAAAGGCGAGAGCAAUUAGGACUAGUUAGGGAAAGUGUCAGUGCAGUUCGUUUUUAUUAUUAUUAUUAUUAUUAUUAUUAUUAUUAUUUUUCCUUUUCUUUUUGCAUCAUUAAAGCGAUGAUGCUAUGAUCCAAGCGUAAUAUUACUUAAUGAUUCAGUACUUUUUUUUAAAAACCAAUAUCUUUAAAUGUGUUUUCACAUAUUUUUGGUUUUCCUUUUUUUUCCCCCGCACCAUCAACCUGGUAUGAUCCGAACAUAAUGUUACUUAAUGAUGGAGUACUUUUUUUCGACCGUCAGUUUCACAUGUGUGAGGGAUUACGUCAUAUGAUUUGACAGUUAGGCCUGCAAGAUAGAUAAUAAUGAAUAUAAGUUUCACUUUCUCAGUGCCAAUCUAGUUUGAAAGAGACGGACACCCAGCUUUCCAGCAAAGUAAAUACACAGUUGGGAAGUUUGUUUAUGGGCUAAGCAAAGUUACCAUCAUUGGAUCAUUGGAUAUACCCACUACAAUAUAACAGAGAGACGGUCACUGCGCUUUUCAGCAAAAUAAAUAAGCAACUGGGAAAUUCUCUUCUGUACGAAGUAAAGCAACCAUCAUUGGAUAAUUGGAUAUAUACCAACAGUAUACCAAAGAGACGGACACCCUGCUCUUCAGCAAAGUAAAUAAACAAUUAGGAAGUUUGUUUCUGUGCCAAGCAAAGUAGCGACCGCCACUGGAUAUAGACUAGAAGCCAUAUACCAAAGAGAAGUUUGUUUCUGUGCCAAGCAAAGUAGCGACCGCCACUGGAUAUAGACUAGAAGCCAUAUACCAAAGAGAAGUUUGUUUCUGCGUCAAAAAGUAACGACCGCCACUGGAUCUAGCAGCCAUGGAUGAUGAUCUACAGACAUCAGGACAGGGGGAGGGUGGUGUGCACCUACACGGGAACAACAACAGCAAAGUUUCUCCUUUGAUGGCCUACAUUUUAGACAUCGCUCCAAACGAAGACGCCAAACGGAGAUCUUCUUGCCACGAUAUCAACCCUUCCACGACAGAGACACAAGAACUAAAAUCUCAACACCCUUUCGCACCAGCCGAUGUUCCAACUCCGCGUUUAGACUCGUUCAACUUUCCAUAUCUCAAAAGUCUGCAAGAUCUCUCGGCGAAAGUGGCAUCCACUGAGCAGAAUUCGUCGUCUCCCCAAACCCAAACUGGACAACCCCCUCACCAAAAAGCUUUUCUACACGCGCACGCUGCUGGGUACCCUCUUUCCAUGGACACGUGUGGUUCUGCCAGCUCUUUUCGCUCGCACGAAGAGAGGUUCCUUUCUAGCUCUGAUGUGUCAGAUCGAGAUUCGAACUCAAACCAUUCAAGUCCCGAGCGAGGUACCCCUAUUGCUUUUUCCCAAGACGACGGAGGAGAUGAAUUGCCACCAACCUCCCAUCUGAAUUCACUUCGAAAAUCCAGCAGUCCCCAGAUUGGGUUGAGCAGACGAACAGAGGCGGACUUUCCCGAAAGUGUAUUCUACACCCGCGAAAACACGCUAAAACACCUGCAAAGUUUGGCGUGUUUUUCUACGGCCAAUAAUUCUCUUGCCCGCCGAAGUCCCGUCCGCCCUUGUGAAAACUCGUAUGAGGGCUCUGGCCAAAGUGUGAGCUACUCGUCCAGCAUGUCGCCCAUCUACUGCCACAGUCUCAGCUCCCGCUGCCAGCCUGGGUUUAUGCAGUACAACGUGAAGACGUCACCGCGAGACAUGGAGUCUCCCGAGAAGGAGGAGAGGUCGCUGGGUGUGCUCUCCCCUGGCUGUAUAGACGACAGGCUGCACAGGUCACAGAGCAAGGAGUCCAAACGACCAAGAAACAGGUGUGGUUCCAGAACAGGAGAGCCAAGUGGAGAAAAGGUGUCGCCCCGAAGGUACAGAUGAACGCCAUGACAGGAGACAACAAGGCCUCAGUGCGCGUGGGUUCCACGGCUCAUGUGUUACAGCUCCUGUCCUCGGUCAGAUCUCAGUAUGCAGACAGAAGGGAUGACAACCACACCAUGUACAAGCCAAGCCCUGCACCCCUCCAUCCGCCUGCCCCAUCAACCAAUCAGACGACAUAUCAGUGCCCGCCUUUUCCCUUCCCGCCAUCUUGGCCGAUGACGUCACCGGCCUACCUGUGGUACCUCUACGGCGGCAUCCCUCCAACAGCAGUAUCAUCAGCAGCAUCAUCAGCAGCAGCAUCAGCAGCAACAGCAGCAUCUCUCUACGUCAAGCCCGAGACAUCGAGGUCACAUCUGCGCGGGGACGACAAGGACAAGGACUCGAACAGCCGCGCUCUGCUCACGGGGCUAGACGAGCAGUCGAGGGGGUCGCAACAGGGGGAGAUGCCCAGCUGA